AGUAAGGCCUUGCGGCGCCCUAUGGACUCGCUCCUGGAGCACCUAGAGCGUUUCUCUGAGGUUCUGGCUGUCUCCCGCACAACCCAUGUCCGCACUUGGGACCCCGCAACCGUUCGCAGGGCUUUACAGUGGGCUGGCUACCUGCGCCACAUCCACAGGCGCUUUGGCCGCCAUGCCCAUAUUCGCAAAGCUCUGGAGCGGCGACUGCAGAACCAGUGGAAGCAGGAGGGUGACUCUGGGCCCGCUCUAGUCCCGGGCUUGGCGAACUUCCAGGCCUUGGGGCACUGUGAGCAGCUGCUGUCUCUGCGACUACUGGCGAACCCGGCCCUCGGGGAUGCCGCCUUUCACUGCCUGCUGCAGCAGCUCUUUCCCGGCCCCGGCGUUCCGGACGCUGAGGAGGAGGCGCUCCAGGGCAGCCUGACCCGCUUCGCCCGCUGCCGGACCGCUGCCCACAUGCUGCGCUUCCAUGCCUACAGAGAGAACCCGGUCCUUCAGAAGGACUCACUGAUGAAGACGCAGGCGGAGCUGCUGCUGAGGCGUCUGCAGGAGGUGGGGGAAGCCGAAGCGGAGAGUCCUGGCAGGCUUCUAAGUCGCCUGUGGGAGCGCCUGCCUCAGAACAACUUCCUGAAGGUGAUGGCGGCCGCGCUGUUGCUGCCGCCGGCGUCCCCCCGGCUUCAAGAAGAGGAAUUGGAAGUAGGCAGCCCCAGAACACCGGGAGACGGGGGUCAAGAGCUGAUUCGUUGGCUUCUGGGGAAAUCAGAUGUCGUGGUUGCCUUUUGCCGCAACCUCCCAGCCGAGGUUUUAACAUCCGUGGCGGGGCGCCAUCCAGAGCUGUCCCCUGUCUAUCUAGGUCUGCUCACAAACUGGGGUCGCCAACUGCACUAUGACCUUCCGAAAGGCCUUUGGAUUGGAACUGAGCCCCAGGAUGUGCCCUGGGAGGAGUUGUUGAGCAGGUUUCAAAGCCUCUGUCAGGCCCCUCCGCCUCUGAAAGAUGAAGUUCUAACUGCCCUGAAGUCCUAUAAGGCUCAAGAUGGAGAUUUCGAAGUCCCUGGUCUUAGCAUCUGGACAGACCUGUUAUUAGCUCUUGGGAGUCGUGUAUAAUAUCGCACUGGGGAAGUCAGCCCAGGGCCCAGUUCUCUGUGGGCAACAUUGUGUUAUUGAUUACUCGAAUGUAUGGUUUACAAAAUUAAAAUUCCUGUGUUCUCACCA